GAGAAGACGAGGUCCAGAAGAAGCUCCGGAGAAUUCCCUCUCGACGUUGGCUGGAUGGCCCGACACGCAGCUCUGAGCAGCCUUUUUGGCGACGACCCUUUCUUCAGCCAGGGGGCGCUGCUGUGGCCCUUCCCCUCGCUGGGCCGCAAAGUGCAGCUGGCAGAGAACUUCUUCAAGGACGCACCGUCGCUGGCUAAUUUCCCCACCGCUUUCAACAGGCUAAGCGAGGUGGACAACCAGACUGAAGAUGGAGAGGUGGUGGAGAGACAAAGUCCAGCUCAGCACGAAGGCGCCGCACACGACGAUCUACUGGUGACCCUCGAUGCUCGCGGCUACGCCCCCAGCGACAUCACCGUCAAGCUGGAGGGGCGGAGCCUGCUAGUGGCGGCCAGCAAGCAGGCGGGGUCAGAGGAGGCCCACUCCUGCUCGUCUCCGUCCUCGCACGCCUCCGUGGCCUCCUCCGCCUCGGCCCGCGUGGGUUUCAGCCAAAAGAUCCAACUGUCACCUCACUUGGAUCUGGCCGGCCUGUCCUGUUCGCUCAUGGAUGACGGACAGCUGCGGGUACACGCCCCCGUGGCCAGGCGGCCAAUCACGGAGGGGCAUGAAGAGGAACAGAGAAGGACGCUGAAGGGUGAGGAAGAGGAACCUCCUCGAUUUAGGGCUUCCCUGGAAUUCCCAAUCACCAAAGAGAACACAGACUAGUACACGCACUAAAAUCACUAAUGGAUCUUCAUUUAUUAAUGUAUUUAAUACGUGUUUAGUACACGCACUAAAAUCACUAAUUGAUCUUCAUUUAUUAAUGUAUUUAAUAAGUGUUUAGUACACACACUAAAAUCACUAAUUGAUCUUCAUUUAUAUUUAAUAAGUGUUUAGUACACACACUAAAAUCACUAAUGGAUCUUCAUUUAUAUUUAAUAAGUGUUUAGUACACGCACUAAAAUCACUAAUGGAUCUUCAUUUAUUAAUGUAUUUAAUAAGUGUUUAGUACACGCACUAAAAUCACUAAUUGAUCUUCAUUUAUUAAUGUAUUUAAUAAGUGUUUAGUACACACACUAAAAUCACUAAUUGAUCUUCAUUUAUAUUUAAUAAGUGUUUAGUACACACACUAAAAUCACUAAUUGAUCUUCAUUUAUUAAUUUAUUUAAUAAGUGUUUAGUACACACACUAAAAUCACUAAUUGAUCUUCAUUUAUUAAUUUAUUUAUAAGUGUUGCAUUUUUCACAAACUUGUAUUUGUACAGUGGCUUGAAAUAAAAAUAAAAAGUUUUAAACCAUUAAUAUGUGAGCAUAUAUAGGUGGAUAUAAUUGUUUUAUGACCCCCCCAAUCAGUGGGCGUGGCUUCCACGGAGCUCCAAAAAAGGGGGGGCUGCGGAAACAGGAAGUAGAAAUCAUUUUCAUUCUUUGUUUUGAAGCUGGUUGUCUUCCACACACCAGAAUGAGUUGGGAUUCCUACAGGCGGAUAUGGGUAUUACAACUUGUAGUUCUGAAGCUGUCUGUCAUCUUGGUUGUCAUCAGAAUGAGUUUGAAUCCCUACAGGCGGAAAUGGGUAUUACAACUUGUAGUUAUAGGCCGCCAUUUGAGUUGUUGUACUUACAGCAAUUACCCCGUUUUUAAACCUUUAAACCACCGUAUCAAAUGUAUUAUUUCAUUUGAUUACAGUCAUUUAUCAUUUAGAAUGAAUUUUAUUGAUUUUAUUUAAAGUAAUUAGUGCAUUUACACCACUGUUUCACAGCAUUUUGAACCCAAUUACAAAAGUUUAUUUCUAUGCCAAGCUAAACCCAAAUAUUAUCUUAUGUUAGUUGUCUUGUACUACCAUUUCUUAUUUUGAAAGUACAAUGUUGUA